AGCUCGUCGGUCCGUCGUGUCUUUGCUCCGCGGCUUCUCUCGUCUGUCUCUCGGCUGUGGAUCUUCUUCUUCCAGCCCGCACAAAGCGGCUGAUCUUCGGCCUGACGGAGCGACGGCCCCGUUGGGCAGCGCGGCUGGGACUAACCCGGCUCGGCUCGGCUCGGCUCGGCUCGGCUCUCCUCUCCUCUCUGCGGUGGUAAACCCCGGACGGAGGCCCGCAGCGUGCCUCAGCCUCCCGCAGGCCUCCGGCCCGCACUCCCGCGUUUCACCCGGAAAAUGGACGGAUUCACCGGCAGUUUAGAUGACAGCAUGUCUGCAGCGAGUGUCUCAGACGUCAACGAUCGUCUUUCUGCUCUGGAGCUUCGUGUUCAGCAGCAGGAAGACGAGUUGACGGUGAUGAAGGCUGCUCUCGCUGAUGUCCUUCGGCGCCUCGCUGCCUCUGAAGUCUCUGCUGCGUCCUCAACCAAGAAACAUGGAGGCAAAGUUGGUGCCGCUCUUCGUGAAGCCUACUCAAUGUCCUGUAUCGCUAACGGAGGAACAUCUGGACGAAAAAGAGACUCCACCUCGGUCACCAGGAAGGAGACGGUGGCGUCUGCCGCCAAGAGUGGAGCGGACAGGAAGAAGGAGGUCAGCAGCCAGCGAUCUCAGAUGGAGGAGAUCCAGGAACGUGAGGAGCCUCCUCACCCAAAGGACCCACCCCCACGACCCCCAGACCCCUACGACCCCCAGACCCUCCAGCAGCAGAGACCAGCCCAGUCUGCUGACAGCAGUAAAGGCCACGUUCCUCCCAAAAGGGGCCCCGGUGGGAAGCGGUCCUCGGGUAUGGAGCGUUCUCAGAGUAGCACCUGGGACUCUUCAGAGGAAAACAGGAACAAACUGGUGAAAGCUGCUUCCACCUCCAAGCUGCUCGCCAAGGUGGUCAAGACCUCUGACAGACACAAAGAGCCGGUGAUCAGUCAAGCCAAAAUGUCGACUCGAGAGAAAAACAGCCAAGCUGAGGGGAACCACAUUAAGAUGUUCAUGCGUGGUCGACCGAUCACCAUGUUCAUCCCUUCAGAUGUGGAGAACUACGAAGAUGUUCGUACAGAACUACCUUCAGAAAGACUCAAGCUGGAAUGGGUGUAUGGUUACCGCGGCAGAGACUGCAGAGCAAACAUUUACCUCCUUCCAACCGGAGAAAUCGUUUACUUCAUUGCCUCCGUCGUCGUUCUGUUUAACUACGAAGAACGAACUCAGAGACAUUACCUCGGACACACUGACUGUGUCAAGUGUCUCGCCAUCCAUCCUGAUAAGAUCCGGAUUGCUACAGGACAGAUUGCAGGAGUGGACAAAGAUGGACGGGCGCUGCAGCCUCACGUUCGUAUCUGGGACAGCGUCAGUCUCUCCACUCUGCAGGUGGUCGGGUUGGGAACGUUCGAACGAGGUGUCGGUUCUCUGGCUUUCUCCAAAGCUGACUCCGGUCAGCACCUGAGUGUUAUUGACGACUGCAACGAUCACAUGUUGACAGUUUGGGAUUGGCAGAAGAAGUCCAAGAUCGCUGAGAUCAAGACCACUAACGAGGUGGUCCUGGCCGUGGAGUUCCACCCUACAGACCCCAACACCAUCGUCACCUGUGGCAAGUCCCACAUCUUCUUCUGGACGUGGGCCGGGAACUCGCUGGCUCGUAAACAGGGAAUCUUUGGGAAAUACGAGAAGCCGAAGUUCGUUCAGUGUCUGGCGUUCCUUAGUUCUGGAGACAUCCUGACCGGAGACUCUGGAGGGGUCCUGCUGGUCUGGACCAGGAGCUCUGCUGAGACCCCCACUGGGAAGGGACCCAAAGCGUUUCAGAUCAGUCGGCAGGUCAAAGGUCAUGAAGGCAGUGUGUUCUGUGUGUGUGAAAUGAGGAGCGGCACUCUGCUGACCGGAGGAGGGAAAGACCGGAAAAUCAUCCUGUGGGACCACGAACUGAGAGCGGACCGAGACAUCGAGGUGCCGGAUCAGUACGGAACCAUCAGAGCAGUGUCUGAGGGGAAGGGGGACGAGUUUCUGGUGGGGACGUCUCGUAACUUUGUCCUCAGAGGAACCUUCAAUGACGGCUUCCAGGUGGAGGUCCAGGGUCACACAGAUGAGCUGUGGGGUUUGGCCUCUCACCCGUCCAAAGGGAUGUUUCUGACAUGUGCUCAGGACCGGCUGGUCUUCGCCUGGAGCUCAGUGGAUCACAGCCUCCAAUGGAGCCGCCAGCUGGAGGAACACGGACACUGUGCAGACUUCCAUCCCAGCGGAGCUGUGGUCGCCAUAGGGACACACUCUGGAAAGUGGUACGUCCUGGACGCGGAGACCACAGACCUGGUGGGGAUCCACACUGACGGGAACGAGCAGCUGUCCCUGAUGCGUUUCUCUGUAGAUGGCAGCCUGUUGGCUGUUGGAUCCCAUGACAGCUUUAUAUACCUCUACACCGUCUCAGAGAAAGGACGCAAGUACAGCCGCUAUGGGAAGUGUACGGGACAUUCCAGCUACAUCACACACCUGGACUGGUCACCUGACAACAAAUUCAUCAUGUCCAACUCUGGAGACUACGAGAUCCUCUACUGGGACGUUCCAAACGGUUGUAAACUGAUCAGAAAUCGUUCCGAGUGUAAAGACAUCGACUGGGCGACCUACACCUGCGUACUGGGAUACCACGUGUUUGGUGUGUGGCCCGAGGGUUCAGAUGGCACCGACAUCAACGCUCUGAUCCGAUCUCACAACAGGAAGGUGAUCGCUCUGGCUGACGACUUCUGUAAAGUUCACCUGUUUGCCUACCCAUGCUCCACCCCCAAGGCUCCCAGCCAUAAGUACAGCGCCCACAGCAGUCAUGUGACCAACGUCAGCUUCCUGUAUAACGACAGUCACCUGAUCUCCACUGGGGGAAAGGACACCAGCAUCAUGCAGUGGCGUUUGGUGGAAAAGUCUUCGCUCUCUCUCACCGACGGCCUCUUAUCUAACUCCGCCCCCCAGCGGGCAGACCCCAUUUUUGCACCGCCUACUCCCGCAGUAGCCACGCCCACACAGGACCUCGUCCUUCCUCCCACGGCCAAUGGAACCCAAGAACCCUACCCGGACACUCCGCCCCCUACAAAGCUACCCACACCUACCUCCGAGUUAACCCCGCCCCAUUCUGUGUCGACCCCGCCCCCCUCAGACAGCACAGUGAGUCUGAAGGACAGCCUGGAGCCGAGUGACGACACUGCCACGCCCAGUGACGAGGGGCUGCCCCCCCUCACCCCCCCCUCAUAGACAGACAGCGUUGGGGUGUGUGUGUGUCUGUGUGAGAAUGUUGGUUCAGCUGUCUUUGUGAGGACUAGGCUGAGUUUAACACCUUGUGAGGACAUUUUUACAAAGACAUUUUGUUUGUUCCUCACUCUGUGUUGGACCUUUUAAAUUUCAGGGUUCAGACGGAGUCUUAAGGUUGGAAUCAGGUUUACAUUCAGUUUCUGUGGGAGGGGUUAGGCUUGUAGCUACUAAUGGUUAAGAAAGAGUUAAUACAAUAUGAUUUUUAACUCCGAAAGGACACGGAUGAAACACAUAUUGAUAUCAUUCAAUGUGACUAACUCUUUUGGAGGACAUCUGUGGUGUCCAUCCAGAAUAAUGGCUUUAGAACUGUAGUGAGAAUCAUCAUGUUCUUAAGUUUCUGCUGAUCACAGAUCAUUCAGCAGACGUUUAGUAUAUCCGUAUACGUCUGCUAAAGUUCCACUUAAUGUGAAAAAAUAAAAUCAAGAAUUCUCAGUGGUCCAGGUGUAAAGGUUGCUUUCAGGGGCGAGGGCAUGCGUUGUCAAGGAGGGUCGCCAGGAGUAUAGAAGUACAACAGUGCGUGUCUGUGUGUGUGUGUAUGUGUGUAUGUGCGUGUGCUGGGACUCAAACCUGUGGCCCCAGUGUCACAAGUUUUUUCUCAUCAAUCAGUUUAAUCAGACGUGAUGUCACAGUUUGAAACACCUGGAGAAUCUGAUUUACCUGAGGAGAGACUGGAAGAGGAGCAAUUACCUGCCACACCUGGACAUUUACUCUUAUUCUUUUAACAGUUUUAAAACCUCAUCGUGGUCCAGAUGUGCGUUCUAGUUGUGUGCCACAAGCAGAGAGCAGAGGACAGACCUGGAACAGGUGUGAACGGUUUGCUAUCGGCUCACUUCUUCUCCUCCAAUAAGAGUAGAGCAGUUGAACAGAAAGUGAAAAGUCUUCAAUUUUUCUUUUAGAAAUUUGGUUUAAAAAUUAUUUGGAUAUAAAAUACGGACUAACAAUGUUUUAUUAGUGUCUUAUUAUGAAAAAUACCUUUAACCAUUUUUGAUUGAGUUUCUAAUGAAUAUUGAUCAAAGCAAUCACGUACAAUGAGCUGAACACCAUACAAUCACGUAAUAACAGUCAAGUUUCAUUCACUCAUUUUACUCCACUUUGUUGCACUUUUAUUUAGUUUAACUGCCAAACUCAAUACUUAAUUACAAUAAUUAAUAACAUUACAAUGAUUAAAUUGAAUAGUUCUGACUGAUGUUUCACAAUAAAAGCCCUCCUGGGAAGAGACAUUACCAUGUGUAAAACGUCCAAGAUAUAUGAAGUACACAGCGCAAACCAGAGAGAAGAGAGUAAAGUUAAAAUGAACCCAACCGAAGAAGAGAUGUCAACUACCACUCCCAAGGUGCAUUUCACCCAUCCAAUAACACAGCUCCACAUUCUGUUGUCUUAAAUCUGUCAGCACCAGCCGACCCGAUACGCUCUCAGAAACCCAUUUCCUUGAUCUGUAUGGAGACCCUCUGACCUUCAACAGGUGAGCUUCAGUACAGAGUGUCAAUAGAGGAAGUGAUGUAAACGGGAAGUAAACAGAAUGCAAACACGUGACAUGGACCUCCAGAGUAAAAACUGUGACUCCACUGUUUUCUAAUAGUCCGCAGUGAAUCAGAUGGAGACAGAGGAUCUGUUUUUAUAUACUGCAGAUAUCUGUAUAUUUCUGUUCACCACCAGGGGCUACACUGUAAAAAUCCCAUUUACGCUCACAUCUCUCAGCCAAUCAGGUCACAGGAGAACCUGUCCCGAUUGGCUGGAUUCAGUGACUUACUGAAUGACUGCUGAUGAUGUUUGUUUUUGUCUCUUCUGGACCAUUUCUGUUCAAAAUGUAAUCUGAAUGUCAUGAUGACGUCACUCUGGAGGGGGGCGGGGCCUUUCAGUGGAAGAAGGGGGUGUGGGUCAUAAAUGUUUUUGCCUUGUUAAUACUCUUCAUCUUUUCUACACUCGUCUCUCUGAAGGGAUGGUAUGGAGUUCGGGGACUCACUGGAUGUCCCAGGAAGGACGGGGGGGG